ACAUUACUGAAAUAUUACACAAACACUCACAGCAUCUUCAAUGGAGAUAUAGUAAACAAUUUGCAUACCUUUUCGAGUAAAGAGACUUUAAUUAUGAUGAACAUAAAAUCAGGAAUUAUGAUUAUACUGUCUAUUUUAUUUACUCUCAAGUGAACUAAUUACCUUUAAACAGUUAUUAUAUGUGUCAUAAAAGAAGGAAAUUAAGUGUUUUUAAAGCCUAGAUUAAUGAUAAUCAGAAUACAGACAUGUGCCUGUAUCAGAGCUGGAGAUUCAUGUGUAAUGAUGAAAGAUGCCAAAUAUUAGGGAAAUGUACUUUAGUUUUAUAAAGAGGAUCAUGUUUUAUCUGGUCGUAAAACACAGACUGUGAUGACAUCCAGAACCAAUAGGGGUGGGGAGAAAUCAAUUUACUGGAGGAAGCUACAGAAUUAUACCAACAGAGAUAUAUUAAGUGCGGACAGUAGAGUUUAUUAUAUACACCUUGAUUAUCUGAGAUAUAUAACAACUUCAUUGUGAACUCAAUCUGGCUGCUGAUCAAAUAAACAGAUAUCUGGAGUUGGCAUUUGUAAAUUAUUACAAAACUUAUAUAGAAUAUGACACAUAUAAACACUGGCUGUGACAAACUUAUUCUAUUCUGGAUCUAAGUAAUGCAAUUGGAAAAUAUAUAUAAAUAUUAUCAUUCUUUAUGCUUAUUUAGAUAGAGACAGACAACCAAGAUAACAUCAUAAAUAUCUUUAAAAAUAUCAUAAAUUUUCCAGAAGGAUGACAAAUACGCAAAAAAAAAUUAAAAGUAAUCUAAUUUUAGAUAACAAAUUUUAAAUUUUGAUAACCUGCAUCAUUUUGAUAAAUUUGAGACUAAACACAUCUCAGGUUAUCACCGGCUGCUGCUACUGAUAGGCCCAAGUCUGCAAUUCGUGAUAAAGUCUACUGCAGAGUUAAAAGUUCUUGGCAAAGAAAAAAAUAUCCGGAUAUUUCAUGACGUACAUGGAAGUGUGGACAGGGAAGGAGUGAUUAAAAAUCAUCAAUAAAACAUUCCAGAGAAUGGCAAGUUUAUACAGGAUUGUACUACUGUGAUUUCAAAAUGUCACAUGUAUAUAGACCAUGAAUGGAAGCAGAGAAUGUUUAUUUUGGAAAGAAAACGGAUACUGUUCAGGUGUUUAAUGGAUUUGAUGUUGACAAUUUACAACAACAAUUAAAUAAUUACUGAAAUAUCUGCUUCCUAUAUAACGAUCUUGAUUAUAUUACAGAGAUAACAUUUCAUCCUUUUCUGAAGGACUUAAACUUUAGACCUGAAUUGAUUCUGGGUGUAACUUUAAAGACAAUUACAUAAUUAUGCAAUAAGAUAUCUCCAUAAUUACUACAAGAGCUGGGUAAAGUCAUUCUUAACUUUCAAAAAAAGAAAUCUCAAAUAUCUUAAAGGAAGGGAAGAAAGAUCAUUGAGAAGAGGGUAUCAUUAAUUUCAAUUAGGAUUUCGAAGUAGGAAAAGCCAGCCAAGACUUUGAUAACAAUCUCAAUAAAAAACAUGGAGUACGGUUAUAUCACCUGGAAUAUCCUCAUACUUAUAUACUCAGUGUUACGUCUAGUAGAGAGUCAGCUUCCACCAAUGUCUGGACCAGAUGCUCCUGUGUUAGAUACUGCUGCAGUGACAGUGACAGUUGCACAAGGAAUGACAGCAUCCUUACCAUGCAGAGUACAGAAUCCAGGGGACACAGAUGUGUCCUGGUUCACAGCAGACUAUGUAAUUUUAACAACAAGUGACCUUAUUCUAAAUGAUGACAGCCGUCUAAGUGUAGACACAGAGAAUCCUGGGGAAUGGAAUCUGGUCAUUGUAAAUGUACAAGAAGAAGACACUGGAACUUACAAGUGUAUGCUACAGAGUUUUCCACCACAAGAGAAAUUUGUUACAUUAAAAGUAAAUACUCCCCCUGUAAUAGACAAAGGAAGUCUAAAGGAACGCUAUCUUUUCCAGAAGGGAGAAAGCUUGACUGUGAUAUGUAAAGUCAGUGGGUAUCCAGAACCUUUUGUCAAAUGGUAUGCUUUCAAAACCAUAACCUCUACAAUGGAGGAAGUAAAAGAACUUGUAUCAGAAACAGCAGAAUUGGUGUUUGAAAUACUUCAGGCUAAUGAUGGUGGUAUUUAUCGAUGUGAGGCUGUAAAUGAAAUGGGAAAAGAUAUGUAUGAAAUCUUCCUUCAAGAAGUCUAUGAACCAAGAUUGAAGGCAAUAAAUAAGACAAUAGUUGUAAAACAAUACUUGGAUGCAGUGUUACAGUGUGAGAUAGAGAGUAACCCCUCUGCAAAGACUGGCUGGCAGAGAGAUGGCAAACUCUUAAAGACUAACUUUAAAUACAAUGUUGCAAAGUACACAGAGAGUGAAUAUAAAAUAGUGACAGAAUUAACUAUAAAUGAAGCUGAUAAGUUAGAUAGUGGAGAGUAUCUGUGCCUAGCAACAAAUUUCUAUGGUAGAAAAAGGAUCAAGUUCAAUGUGAUAGUGGAUGUACCAACCACAACGACACAGUCUACAACAACAACAACAACAGCAACUACAACAAUUAAAGUGCCUAAAUCUACAGAAAAAUCUACAUCAUUAUCUACAGGAUCACAUGAUAAACUGAAGGAAACAACAACAAUUAAAUAUGUGGAGGGUCCAAAGACAGGGCCCGCUCGCGACAGCGCAUCUAUCAACACAUAUAGCUGUACACUUAUUCUUUCAGUGUAUUCAAUUUUAUUGCUUCUUAUCUUAUAGCCAAGACCUUUCUAAACAGACUUGUAAUGCCAGUUAAUAAUCAACACAUUUCUAUCAGCCAUUGUUAUUUAAAAAAAAAAGGAAUGGAGUUUCCAUAAUGUAAAAUUCAUCGAAAAUGAUCCCAACCUGAUUAACUUCAUUGGAGGAGACACACUUUCAUACUAAGAAAAGCUGCAAAAAAUAGCAUGGCAACUGUUCUCCAUGACAAGUUGACUCACAAAUUCUGUCCCAUGACCAGUGUCAUUCAGCAAUGUAACAUAACUUUAUCAUUAUCAGAAAAAAAAACAGGGAUAAAUGUUAGUGUGCAGUGUAGUUAUAUCGUUUCUUUUUCCAUUGUGUGAGAAAAUGACACCAUUUCUGCAGAUGAUGAAGAUCUGCUCUAACCAUUAUGCAUAGUUUUAACCCUACAUUUCAUCAUAACUCUCUUGUUGCAAAUUAAGUGUUUUACUUUUAUUUAAAUAUUUAAUGAUAGACUGAAAUGUGGCUAGUAAUCGUAAACAUUACUUGCAGCCAAAUACUUAACGGAUGAGUUUAAAGUUUUCCAAAUUUAGAUGGUUUGUUGUUGAAAUCAUAUAUAUAUAUCCCUGUAACAACUUUAUAAUAAAAUGCAGUAUAUUCAUUUACAACUUUUAAAGUAUGACUACCAACAGGAAAACGUAUUUAAGAAACAAGUUAUUAUAAUAAUAUAUAUAAUGUAUAACUGAUUUGGAGUAUUUAAAUCAAAUAAUAGAUGCCUCUGCUAUAACUACCAAAUUUUGAUCAGUUAAUUGUUUUAUAUCUCAAUGAACAUACAAACAUAACAGCACUCAACAUAACUGAACAAUCUACAUCAUCUCUGCAUCUGUAUUAUUAUUUAUUUUAUUACACCAGAUUUAUACACUCGGCACUCUUUUCAUGAUAAACACAUUUAAAUGUGCAGUCUGUUUGCAAAGUUAUAUGAGCCGUGCCAUGAGAAAAUCAACAUAGUGGGUUUGCGACCAGCAUGGAUCCAGACCAGCCUGCGCAUCCGCGCAGUCUGGUCUGGAUCCAUGCUGGUCGCACACCCACUAUGUUGGUUUUCUCAUGGCACGGCUCAGAUAACACUUUCCAACAUUUUUUUUACUUUUAUUACAAUUUUGCAAACCAGAGGUCUACCACAAUUCCCUGAAGACUCUCUAGCACUUUUUGCCAAUAUUUACAGUUUGUUUAAAUUAUAGUCUUAAAGUUUCAGUCAAUCAAUGGGAAUCUGUGAUAAAUCUUUGUGAAAUGCCGUAACAAAUCAACAUCCUCCAUCAAAUACUUCACUAUGUUCGCUUUAAAGCUGACACUGGCUUACAAGGAUUUUUGUUUCUUAAAAUAACUUACAAUGGGAGAUUUUUUUUUGAUUGCAGUCAAUUCUGUGAAGUCAUUACCAGUAUUCAUUGUCAGGAGGUACUUUUCAUGGUUGUUGUUGCAAUUUUCAAUUCAGCAGAACUGAUAAGGGAGAACACUAAGUGGCAGAAACCACUUAUGGUGCUAGAUACUACUGCAUGCAAGAAAUUAGAGGUUCAUCUUGGGACUAUGUCAAACUUCUGACGAAGGAGAACGCUCUUGUUACAGUUUCUAUCCACAUAUAUCUUAUUUACUUUUAAACCUUUUGUUUUUAUUUGUAUAUAAAACAGUACCUCAUUACUUCUUUCAAUGAAUUUGUACAUAUUUGCAUGUGUAUACAUUUUUUACAGUGGUGUGUAAUGUAAAUAUGACAAAUAUGUGUUGGAUUUAUAAGGUAGCAUUAAUAGAUAUAUAUAUAAAUAUUGCUCAAACCUAAAACAACAAGAACAUGUGUACAUUGUAUGAAUGCAUAAUUCUACUGUUACCAUAGCAAUACAUCGAGAAAUAAUUUCUAUAUUCUAUAUAAUGUUGCAUUUAUAUGUUGCACCUGUUUCAUAGAUGUAAAAACAUAUUUUUGUUAUGUUGCUUUACCAUCAGAGCAUGGACAAUCAUGUGUCUUUGUUAUGUUGCUUUACCAUCAGAGCAUGGACAAUCAUGUGUCUUUGUUAUGUUGCUUUACCAUCAGAGCAUGGACAAUCAUGUGUCUUUGUUAUGUUGCUUUACCAUCAGAGCAUGGACAAUCAUGUGUCUUUGUUAUGUUGCUUUACCAUCAGAGCAUGGACAAUCAUGUGUCUUUGAGUAAACUCAAUAAAGGACAAUCAUAACUAUUUGUAUAUUAACACCAAGCAAAGAAUUCAAUUGGUGACUCAAUGAUAGUUCAUCUGCUGGACCUUUUUUGUGGUAAAGUCUGGUAAAGUUGUAAGCUCUCUGUAUAAGUUAUGUUAUUACAGUAUAAAUCUGUAAUGUUUCAGUAUCAUAUUUUUGCCAUUGUUGGUAAUACAUAUUGUUACCAGGUGUAUACAGUACCUCCAUCAUUAAGUGUGUAAAAUAUGUUCUGUAGCCAAUGGUCAACCUAUGCCUGUGUCUACAGCAAGAGCCUUUAAUUAGAUGCACAUGUACAAUAGCACCAGUACAGUGAAACCAUAAGAGGUUUGACAAGAAGAAUUUUUCAGAACAUCAAAAGGUUUGCUCUAAGUUAGUGUUUUGUUUCACAGUACUAUAUUGUUUGUAUAUUCAGGGUUUAAUAAAAUACUGCUGUAAUUUGUGUCUAAGACAGUUUUCCAAUUAAUACAGACAAUAAAAUCCUUGACUAUGAUAUGUACCAGUAUUUAAACUGUUAUUGUUAGCUGUUUUGUUGACACUGUUGUUGUUGAAUUUUAUUACUUAAAUUAAGGAAAGCUAGUUUUAGAGUAGUUGUUAAAUAUAGGAAAAGUUUAGUUUGGAAAGUAGUAAACAAAGAGAAAAAGGUGAUAUUUUACACGUCUUACUUUCAUAAAUAAAUCAUGAAGUAUACAAAAGUCA